GGGUAAAAUAAAACUAUCGAACAAUAUGGCGGCUUCCAGUUUGUUGCACUUGCGCUCAGCGAAAAUUGAAAGCAACUCUUAUGUACUCGCUUGUAUCCGGAAAUCUUUCAGAAGGACAAUCGCAAGUAUUCCUGGAAAUAAAGAAGCUGCAAUUUCACAAGAGAGCGUUAAAGUCUUGUCUAAAACGUAUCCGAGAGACGAACAGACAAAUGUCACUCCUACGAUCUUGUCGAAAGUUGGUAGAAACCUACAUCACGUAAAAGACCAUCCGCUAAAAAUUCUCAAGGAUCAAAUCCACGAGUUUGUGUACGACAGCUAUCGGAAAUGGGGGAAUGGACCGAUGUUUACAACGAUUGAUAACUUAUCCCCUGUUGUGACUGUGGCUCAGAACUUUGACAGUUUGUUAGUUCCUAAAGAUCAUAUCAGUAGAUCGAGGAAUGAUAAUUAUUACAUAAAUAAGGAAUUUUUACUGCGUGCACAUACCUCUGCUCAUCAGCUCGACUUGAUACGCUCGGGCUUGGAUGCGUUUUUGGUAACAGGGGAUGUGUAUCGCCGUGACGAGAUUGACAGCUGUCACUACCCAGUAUUUCAUCAGAUGGAAGGAGUACGCCUCUUCACACAACAUGAGCUGUUUAGUAGCUACAAGGACCCUCUGGAAAUAUUUGACAAAACGGGAAGCAGAACAGAAGACAAGCAAGCCAUCCACACGCUAGAAGCUGUUAAACUGGUGGAGUUUAACCUGAAGAGUACCCUGACGGGGAUCGUACAGAAGCUGUGCGGGGAGGGGGUAGAAAUGCAGUGGGUGGAUACCUACUUCCCCUUCACCCACCCCUCUUGGGAACUUGAAGUCAAGUUUGGCGGGGAGUGGCUGGAAGUGCUAGGAUGUGGAGUAAUGGAACAACAACUGCUGGAGAACAGUGGGGCUGGUCACCAAAUUGGUUGGGCAUUUGGUAUUGGACUUGAACGGUUGGCCAUGAGACUCUUCGACAUUCCAGACAUUAGACUGUUCUGGAGCACAGAUGAGCGAUUUCUUGGCCAGUUCAAGGAUGGACAGAUUGAGGCAUUCAAGCCGUUUAGCAAAUACCCACCAACAUAUAAAGACAUUGCUUUUUGGAUCUCUGAGGGCUUCUCUCCAAAUGAUCUGUUUGAGCUUGUCCGUAACAUUGCUGGGGAUCUUAUUGAGCAGGUAGAGCAAAUUGAUAGCUUUGUACAUCCCAAGACAAACCAAGAAAGCCAAUGUUAUCGCAUCACUUACAGAGCCAUGGACAGAACACUAGAGGCCCAAGAAGUCAACGCUAUCCAAGAUAUUGUACGUGAGGAAGUGGAAAAAAGGCUCAAAGUCAAACUGAGAUAGAUUAAACAUCACAGAUCUGUCCAAUCACAUACGUAAGAAAAUAUUUAAACUGAGACCAAAAAUAGUGGAUGGUUUAAGUUAAUAUCCAAUUCUGUAGUUUAAUUUAAAAUAUUUUAGUAAAAAAAAAGGAUGUUGUAAAUACUGUAUAGGCAAGCCACCAGAUCUGGAGAACGUUUAGGCAUGUACCCAUAAAUUGCUUUUGGUGGUGGGGGGGGGGGGGGGGGAGGGGAGACGCGUCAUAGGUAUCAUACAGAAAAAGGAAUAUUUCUGGCGGUCCUUCAAUAAGAAAUGACCAGCGGCCAAGGGGGGGUACGUGCGAAUCCUACCCCUCCCCCCCACCCCGAGUAUGUGCCUGACAAUGAAACCUAUUCUGCUAUUUGAAGAUUUGUGUUAUAAUAAAGAUAAAUACACGGAAAAAGGUAAUUCUGGUGCAGAGACAAUGUAAUUCAGUACGAGUUAUAACGGAAAAAGUAAAAAAAAGGAUUUUUUGAA